CGACAAAGUCAUGAAUUAACUAAGUACCAAAACGUGAUAUUUUAUUGUCAGUUCAACCGAUGUCAGUUGAAAUCGUAUUCAUUUUCUUUUAAAUGACUUUGACAUUAAACAAUUUUAAGUUAUAUUUAAUUCAAAUUACGCAACGAUAGAAAUUCAGGAACGUAUUAAUUUUACAAUGAUUGUGAAGUUUCCUGUACAAUGUUUACAUAAAAGAAGAAAAAAAAAUUUAGAAAGCAAUGAUUAGCAUGCAUCAUACAUGGAUUUCUGAUAUAAGAAAUGACCAUACGAAGAAAAUUAUGUGAGAAUGUUAUCCAGAUAGCUCUUUCUUUAAAUAAAUAUAAACAAAUUAUUCUGGAAAGAUGACAAAUAUUAUGAGAUAAUAAAAUAAUCAUGUUAACUAAUUUAUCAAAUGUGGAACUAAUCAGCAUGGAUGGUUUUAUAUCAGUAAAUUCUGAUCCAAUUGAUAAUUUAUAUAUCGCUUUGAUACAAUGCUUUGGAAUAAUAUUAUGUGGGUAUAUUGCGGGAAGAUUUAAUGUUAUUACAAAAUUAGAGGCAAAUGGUUUAAAUACCUUUGUUGGUACUUUUGCCCUACCAUCUCUAAUUUUUACAUCUUUGGCUAAAUUAGACUUUACAUUGGUCAAUUGGAGAUUUUUACUUGCAAUAUUACUUGCAAAAAGCUGUGUAUUUUUUAUUGUACUAGUGGUAUCAUUAUUGAUUAAAAAACCAUCAAAUUCUGGUCGUGCAGCUCUCUUUGCAAUAUUUACAACACAAAGCAAUGAUUUUGCCAUAGGUUACCCUAUGAUUGGUGCUAUUUAUCAAAAAACUCAUCCUGAAUAUGCUGCAUACUUAUAUCUCAUGGCUCCUAUAUCACUAGCUAUUUUAAAUCCUAUUGGUUUCAUAUUACUAGAAAUUAGUAAACGCAAUUUAGAAGAAGAUAAACCUUGUUGGUCAAUGGUUUAUUCGGUUAUGAAAGGUGUUGCUUUAAAUCCAGUUUUAUUUAUGACAAUCUUAGGCAUUAUAGGAAAUUUAAUAUUUAGCCAUGUUAUACCACCUUUUCUUGCUGCUAUUCUCGAAGUACUUGGUAAUGCUUUUUCUGCUAGUGCCUUAUUUCUCCUGGGUUUAAUGAUGGUAGGAAAAGUACAUAAAUUAAAAGGUACAGCCUUAGUCAUACCAGGUAUACUGAUAUCAGUAAAAUUACUAGUACUUCCACUUGUUAUUCGAGAAUCAAUAAUUUUGUUAAAUGCUGGUGAUAAUAUUACUGAUACCAGAAAUUUAAGUACAUAUGGAUUUCUUUAUGGUACAAUUCCAACAGCACCAGCACUUUUUAUAUUUACAUUGCGCUAUAAUGUAGAAAUUGAUUUAAUAGCCUCAGCUAUGGUCGCUUGUACAUUUUUAUCUGCUCCACUAAUGUUUGUAUCAGCAAAGUUGGUUAGUGCUGUUGAUGCUGGCGUAACACCAGCCAGUUACGCUCAUCAACUCAGAGUUUUCUCUUUUGAUAUAAGUACUGUAUCUAUGGUAGCUUGUAUAUGGUUGCUAAUUUGUUUUCUUGGAGUGAGUCACAAGUAUAAAAGUGUAACACACAGAUAUACUCUCUGCCUUAUAAUUGCUCAGUUGAUUACUGCAAUUGGUGUUAUAAUUUGGACUAAACUUGAACCAAAUACUACUGGAUCUAUUUUAUGGUAUAUCCAAUUUGUUUUAAUUUCAUUGGGUGUAUAUGGAAGCAGAAUAUGGACAGUUGCAAUAGCAGUAACUCUCCUUUUUUUGAAUUCACAUUCAUUAUCAUUUGUCCAAAAUAUGCAAAAAUGGCUACUUCUUAGUGGUUGUGGAAUAACAGCUUUGAUUGUAUCUUUAAUGUGUAUUUGCAUAAUGCCAAAGGAGCCAAUCGAAUUUGAAUUACAAAAUCCAAAUUUUCAACUUGGCAGGAGUCAAGCUGCUAUAUCUGUUGCCAUAUUGAUAUUUUGUUUUAUUGUAACAUUAGGCUGUUUAAUUCUACAACAAAGGUAUAAUUACAUCAGAAAUGAUUUAACUACAUAUAGUAGUACAAACAGCGAAGCAGAAAGAUCUAAUCUCAAUAAUGAUAACAAUGGAAGGAAUGUUAUUGAUGUAGAAGAUAUUGUAUCUCAUUCAGAGAGUACCCCAAUCAUUAAUUGUGAAUUCCAAAAUGUUUGUCCUAAUUCAAUGUGUACUAUGGAUCGGAAUAAUACUUAUCCAUUUGAUUGUAAUCGAGAAGAAAAUGUAACUCCAAUGGAUUCAGAAGAUCCACAGAUAUUACGACAUAUGGUAUUCCUUAUCCUGCUUUUAUGUUCUAUGUUCAUUGGUUUAUCAAUAUCUAUUAGUACAUUAAUUAUGGAUCAAAUGAUUGGUAUUUAUGCAGAAUUAGCAUUCUUAGAUAUUGCAUUAAAUUUUGGUCAAUCAUUAACAGCUUUUGCAAUAUUUGGACUUGAUCCUGGUCUCAAUAAAUUGAGCUCUUGGUUACAUCAACUUCUUCACAAAUUGCAUGGUGAAACAGAAUUACAAUUGCCUGAUGAAGAUUCAUUGAGUCCAGAAAUAAAAGCUAUUCGUGAACAGUUCAAUCGGUGUCAUUUAGCUGAAUGUAGGGCACGGAUAGCUAUAUGUCGAAGAAGAUUAUUAAGAAUAUAUCGAGGAGUUUUUACUGGUUCUGAUUUAGUAGAUUGGUUAUUAGAAGCUGGAUUAGCCCAAACUCGAGAAGAUGCUGUUCAUUAUGGUCGCUGUCUUUUAGAAAGUAGAAUACUGCAGCAUAUUGAUGGCACACAUCAUUUUUAUGACAAAAAUUUGCUUUAUACAUUCAAUCCAUAGUAUGUUAGUACUAAUUAAUUUAGAAUAAUUUAGAAACUUUUUAGUUUCUAAAAAAGAAAAACGAAAUAUAAUUAAAGUGUCAAAUAAUUGUAUUACUCAUUGGCCUAAGGCUAAGGUCAGUUGGUACAUUCUUAGCACAUUCUGAAUUUUAUUCUUAUAGUCAUUAUUUAUACAAUAUAUUUGUAUAUUAUUGUUUAUUAUAUCGUAUUGCUCAAAGAUUUUCAUAUUCUGGUUUAAACCAAUAUAGACGGACUUCAUUAAGUCCAUACUAGUGUGGCUAUUGUAGGAAUUUAUUUAUUUAUGAUUAUUAUUAUUAUUAUUAUUAUUAUUAUUAUUAUUAUUAUUAUUAUUUAUUGUUACUCAAUCUUUUAAGCUGGUCUUGAAAGAAAGUGCAGACCAUAGCCAUUCCUUUAAGAACUUGUUUAUGAUACUUAUAGUAUUCAGAAUGAUAGCUUUCUGUAUAAUUUUGAAUAGAUUUGAAUUUAAUCUCAAAAUUUUGAUAUUAUUUUAUUGUUAUUAUUAUCAUUACUAUAGCAUUAAACUUUAAUAACUUUGAUGUAUUUUCAUUUAUUUGAGUUUUUAUGAAUUAUUUUUAAUUUAUUUAUCACAUAGUAGAUACCUCAAGACAAACAAUUUAUAUAUUUUUUCAUAUCUUUAUUGUGUAAAAAUAUUAAGUAUUUAAUAAUGGAUCAUUUAAAUAUAACAAUUUUAUAUUGUAAUAUAUAUUGAAUAUAUAUGUAAAUGAAAAUUAAUAAGUGAAAUAGAAUCAAUAUCAUUUGUUAAUAAAUUUUUAAAAACUUAUAAUAUGUACAUAUUACUUAAAUUAAGUAAAUAUGAAUGUGCGUAUAUCUUCAAGGUAAAUUCCAAAGAAAAAUUGACUUAGUAUAUGUAAUUAAUAUAUAUUUUAAUCCUGUUUAAAAAUUAGUUUCUUGUGUAUACAAUCUUUUUAAUUAAUUGAGCUUAGCAUAUUUAUUAUAUUAUAGGAUAAUACUUAUAUCUAAUAAAUGAAUGUACAGAAAAAUGUAAUAAAUAUACGAUGGUUAACAAAUGUUUGGAUAGAUGAAUAUAUAUAUACACAAACAUAAUAAACAUCAAAUUAUAUGCAUAAAUCAUCGUCCGGGUCUUCCUCAUCCAAGUCAUCUACUUCAUCUGGUAUAUAUAAAAUUUUAGACUUGUUAUUUUCCGCGUUUAUUACAGACAUAUAAGGUAAUGGCGUGUUUUCUCUUUGUUUCAUUUCAUGUUCAUUUAUUUCUAUUCUAAAAGAAGAUACAAUUUUUGUAGCAUCAUUUAUUGAAUUUUUUCCAGAGUUAAGCUGUGUUUUUAAAUUUUCCGAUUGUAUAUCAUAUGUUUUGAUAUCUUGUCUCACUAAUUCUGACCCAAGCAAUAUUUUGCCUCCUGGUUUGCGAUGUAUGUAAUUUGCAAUAUAAGUAAAUUCAUUAUUUGAAUGCAUACCACAGUAUUUAUGUAAUCUAACAUAUGUAUUUCCCAUAGUUUCAAUAGAUAAUAUCUUAUUUGGAAUACAAUCUUGUCUAAAAAGACAAAUUAAUCGCUGUACCUUUUUUUUAAGUGUUUCUACAAACCGUAAUGAAUUUGCAAGGCCUACAUAUAAUAUCAAAGAAUUCAAAUUAUCAAGAAACACUAUAGAUUUCUCUGUUACUCUGUCAAGUAUAUCUUGUAAAAUAUUAACAAAAUUUUCUUGAGGUUUAUUUGGUUCAACUGUAUAAUAAUCAGAUAUAUUUACAUUGUCUAAUGUAUAUGGUUUUGGUCCAUUUAAAUACCAAGAUUUCGGAUUUACAAAAGACAUUAAUUCUAUAA